AUAGAAAACGCCAUGCGCUACUUACCACGGGACGUCGAUUGCGAAAACUCUCCCCAAUACGUGGGCGUCCCAGCCAGUUAACCCGGCCGUCCCCAGUCCAGUCGAUUGGUGAUGUUCCUUGUCCUCGACGGCCACAUUCUCGCAGCGUUCGAAGCUCUCCCUUAUCACACCACCCUGUAUAUCCCUACGCUCCCCCUUCAGCUUUGGCCUCGUCGAAGCGGAGCCACUCGCGGAGACUGAAACGCGCAAAGGAACAGACGCGUCCGUUUGCGAACAAACAGCCACUUGGCCCUUUGCUCCCUCUCCUCUCAUCCGGUGGUGGUCAUGUCCUUUGAUGGCUUUCAGAACAUCUAUGCGCAGCCUCAGCAGCCAUCCACUAUGCCUCCUUCGCAGUUCUCCCCCCAGAUCCCUCAGCAGCAGCAGCAACCGCAGGGGAACUGGCAGUCGCAGGCUUCCAAUGACGCGUUCUACGCAUCGCAACGGCCAGACACGCAACACCAGCAAGCCUACUACCCUCGGCAAGGCCAAUUGAGCGCGUACGAUGCGUCCAGUCAGCCCCAGAGCGUCGAACAACGCAUGUACGCUGCCUCUCAGAUGCAAGCCCAGGCGAACGCUCAGUAUUAUCGGCAAUCUAUGUCCAACGGCGCUCAACAACAGCACCAAGUCCCACAGCACCAGCCUAUUCAAGCGCGUCCGCCGCCUCCCCGCAAUGAACUCGAGUCAGCUCUCGGAAUUUCCCCCUCUACGCCACAGUCGCCCUUCUCCGCUCCUGUUCAGACGCAACCGCCCUUACAUCCUGCCAAGAUGUUUCCCCCUGUCCCUCCUGCCCACACCGACAACGUUCUCGCCAUGCAGAUUCGGCAUCUCUUCGAGCAGCUUUCCGUCAUGAAACGCGACGCCGACAACGAGCGCGAGUGCACCAGAGUACGCGAGGAAGGCCUCCAGGACGACAUUAAGGCCCUCCGAACAGAAUUGAACGAGAAGGCAGAGCGCUUCGAGUGCUCCGAACGCGAACUCAACGAACAAAUCACCAGCCUGCGAAACCAACUGGCCACCCUCACCCAAUCACCACCUCGCGGGCCAUGGGCUCAGCCUCAUUUCUCCGCUUCCCGGCCUUCCGUACAACCUGGCAUGCCACCACCAUCUCCCGUGUCCCUUCCUUCGGUAGAGUCCCCUUACGCGGACUCCCCCGCGAUGCGCCAUCAACAUCUCGUGCCGCCACCAAAUGCAGGAUUCCCGCCCUCGGGGCCCUUUCAACACCAGCAGAUGAUGCGUAUGCGAGCACACGAGUCUUCGCCUCGAUUCGCUAUGUCACACCCUCCUGUGCCGAUGCCUCAGCAACCUCCCCAACACCUACAACAACAGGGUCAGGCGCACGGGCAGCCUCAACUUGCUUUAUCGCCGCCUUCGUCCGCUAUGGCGAUGGGGCAGCUGCCUAUGCCGUCGAUCUCCCAGUUCCACUCAACUAGCGCACCGUCGCAUGCGCCACCACCCCCUGCUCCCGCGCAGGCGCCUGACUCACACAAACCCCAGUCGACCCUCGGCAAGCGUAAGUCGGAGAAUGAGGACGACUUGCAGGAUAAGCACAAGAAGCCCGCGCCGUCUCCCUCCUCCACGAUCACCACUACGCAGGAAGCACUCAUCGCGCACUCCCUACACUGCAUGGGCGUAGCCGAAGACGCCCCCCUCCCUGACGAACCCUUUGAACCCGGCUUGCCAUGGCCCGCUUCAGAACCUGUACGCUUCGCAUGGUCCACCACGCUCCGCCGCUCGAAGCAUAACCAGAAUAUGGUCAAACGCAUCGCGGCGGACAUUGUGCAGAAUAAGGACCGAUAUCCCGGCGUGCCGGCGGGCGAGCUGGACACUGAGGAGUCGUUGACUGGGGCGAUGGCGUCGGUGUACGAGACUCUGCGCGAGAGGUAUAAGCAGCAGCAAGGGAGGGGAAGGAAGCGGCCGGCUAGCCAGGGAAAGGCGAAGGCGAAGCGAUAGGACUUCGUCGGCGCUGAUGAUACUUAUACUUGGCUGUCUGCUCUCAAUCGGUAUUCCGGAUUCUUGGUUUGCAAGUCUCGCUUGCUUGCUACUCACAUACACGCAUCGCACAUCGUCUCAGCAUGUUUCCGCACCAUGUUUACAAAACAUGCCAAUCUUCAAUCGCUAUCCGUCGUCGCCUCGGGCCUUAACUUAUCUACUGCUCGAUACUGGGAUACUGGAUUUAUGCACUGACGUUCGGGCUUUUGUACUGUACACACUACUAGUAGCUAUGUUCCUGUAGCCACGGAUGGCCUUGCCCCCGAUGCCAGAAACGACGCAGCCUGUCUGCGUCAGACUGUUCCCCCUGCUUCAGCUAUCACUUCUGUC